UGGUUGUUUUUGGUUUUGCGUUUCACAAAAAUUGCCGCUGCUGACUUUAGUUUACUUUUAGCUGCCGGCCCAAACGACGGGGUAGAACGGUUCGAAUUAGGAAAGAAAAAAAAAACAAAAUAAAAGUUAGCGGCCACCGACGAAACGUGAAAGCGCGUGAGACAUACAACUAACGACGGCGAUCAAGCAAAAAAAUAACAACAAAAAUUGCAGGACGGACGCGUGUUUUGUUUUCUUAAGAGAUCGACGGACGGUUGGACGGUAUAUGUCGGCGGUUCGAAAGCGGCGGCAUAGUUUGGCAAAGUUUUUUGUUUUCUAAGCAAAGAAACAACAACAAAGUGAUCAAAUUUCUACCUAACAAAAAUGGUCUAGAACGUCGGAAUUCAACCGUUUUACAACAACAAGGAACGCAGGUGCAUUUUUUCUACACAAAUCAAGCUAAAACUUCGUCAUAAGCAGCAAUACCAAAAAUAAAAAAAAUCUGAAAAAUUAAUUCCAACCAAUAAAUCGAAACGCAAACAUUCGAAUAAUCAAAACAACACUGCCACCACCAAAUGUUUACUCUAAACAAAUUCAGAAUUUGUAGUAUUUAAAUCAAUUAUUUAUUCAACUUAAUUUUAUACCAAAAAAUCCGAAAAGAAAAACAGAAAAACACACCAAAACAAAUCGAAAAAUCUCAACAACAAAUAACAACAACAAAAAUAAAUACCAAAAAAAAAAUACCCAACGACAAAACACCAAAAAAAAAAAAAAAAAAGAAGAAGGAAGAAAAACGCAUUUGAUUUUGAAUCCAAUUCCUCCUCCACCUUCACAAUGAACUGCGUAGCAAUACCGCCCUCAGAUGAAAAGCGUAACGCUGCUGGUGGAGCAUCUGUUUCCUCGGCAACUGCCGCCCUAGCAGUCACCCCUUUACACAUCAUACACAGUGAGGUGACACUGACGUCACCGCUGCCCAUUGAACACAGCAGUGCACUGCUGGGUCAUCAGGGCUCCCCUUCUGCCCUCACCAAUAAAUCACAAUCUCUGCAGAGGACCACAACAACACAUCUCUAUUGUCGUUCGCUGGAAAAAGAUGCCACCGCCUUGGCAGUGCCCCAUGGCCAGCGAAGAUCCUCCAACUCACGGGGGUUUGCCUCCUGCUUGAGGGGUGAAAGGGACGAUGCAUUUUUGGAUUAUCAACAGCGGGCGAUACAGUAUGAUAUGGCAGCAGCCGCACAGGCGGCAGCCCAAUGUCGGGCUGCCCAACAACAGGGCAACGGCAGCAGCAGUCAUUGUUAUCAGCAGCAACAGCAACAGGAUUACAUUAUGGACGAAAAUCAUCCCGUUCAGGUGUUGCAGACGAGCAUGUGCAGUGCGGGCAGUGGCGGCAGUAACUUCGAUACGACAACGGGCAGGAGUGAGUACAAAUCGAAAACCCUGCCACGGAUACACUUCGACAACUCCAUAAAUGAUAUGUCGCUGAAUGAAGGUAAAUAUUUUGAAACUGCACCAGAUAUUUGGGAAGAAAAUAGUCCAGGUAACAUAUGUUUUAGUUGACGUUAAAAACCCCCCGUGUUAUGAUAUGACAUAUCAUGCACGAAUUUAAAGUUAUUCAUAAAAUUAAAAAAAUAUAUAUGUCUUUGGCUUAACUUCAUUAACACCAAGCCAAUUCGAUCGUUAAUUCUAUUCUCUGCACCUUUUACUUUACACACUGUAUUCCAAGCAAUUUACUUCAUAUAUCAUUGUGUUUGAGUCGCCCUUUAACUUAAUUAAUUAUUGUCU